UCUAUAUUUCGUCAAAGUACAAAACUUAUGUAGACUGGUAAACUUUAUGUUGCAUACAAUAAACUCACACCAAUAAAUACAAUGAGCACCAUGCGCGAUAAGUAGGAAACAAAAAAAAAUAAUUAGACAACGGAGCUUUAGUAGGUCAUCAUGGAUCUGAGAGUGCAAUAAAAAGUUUAUACUCUCUGCUUAGACACAGUUAUCUUUUGAAAGCCAUAUUGCACCAACACACGCUAAACAAAUUUUUAAACUGCCAAUAUAUAAAUACAUAAUUAAUUUAGCAAUAUAAAAAAAUAAUACCGCACCAAUACUAAUGAUUUAAGCAUACUUGCUUCGUUUCAUUAGAAUUCACUCCAAGCAUUGAAAAAUCAAAAGCAAAUAAAUAAAGUAGUACAUAAUUAUUAUCAUUGUCAGCCUAACAAUUCCCGGUUGCUUAACUACUGAGCGCCAAAUAAAGCCGUUCCCAGUCUGGAGUUACGUUCAAAUAGAAUCCACCCGUACCGAUGCAGCGCUCGCGCUCUCGAUCUUUUGCACAUACGUCCCACGUGUUGCGCUCACGGCUCGCGGAUCUCGAACCUAUCUACUUUCAAGUAGACCGAACCUACAAUUAGCGAGACAUUGGUGCAUUCGCGGAGGGUUGAUAGGCUUUCAAGUAGUCACCCAUGUGAUUGAUCAGAUUGUCAAAAUAUGUUUUUAAUGCUAAUCGAAUGUUAGAGUUAUGUAUUAUUUGAAGCGUUUGAUUGUAAUUUGCGUUUGAAGCGUAGUGGUUUCAUAUGAUUGUUGAUCAUAUUAGCCACAUGACAGUAGUUUUGAUUGUGUUCAUCCAAAAUCACAACUAAUUGACAGACAUAAGAGUAGACGAGUAAGUUUGGAACUAAAAAUCUCGCGAGCAUAUUUGAUCGGAAAUACAUUGAAUCGAAUUGAUCGGAAAGCCCAAAGAUAUCGAAACGCGGAAUAAGCGUCGGCAAUUCUAAAAUCGAAGCGAGAGAGCAUCUGCUAAAAAAGGCCAGCGAAAGAGAAAAAAAUUUGUAUGGAAUAAUAGGCGCACACAACGCAGAGUGCGGCGCCGGUAUAGGCACAGACCAGAAAGCCACUUUCACCCGCACAACACGAAAAAAGCGCGUCGGGGCAAUUUUCGCGCUCGGACUCGAUAUAACGGUCGCUCCGGUUCGCGGUUUUCCCGCUAUCAUCGGUCUCUCCCUCCUCCGCGCUCUUUCUUUUUCGACGCGGCGCGCGCGUGCACAAUACACAACAACAACAGCCAAAGAGAGGAGAGGAAAAACAGUGUAAGUGCGCGCGCAGCCUGUUAUCAGAGAGUCAGUGCACGUCGGCCAACGAAGCUAUACACGCACAGCUACCUGCCCGCGCCUGUGUAAAGAAGCGGGCGCGCUGUGUGUGUGGGUGGCUGACUGGCAAAGCGGUAGCGGCCUUUAACGCCGACGUAGUAGGCUUUCCGUCGUCGUCCGUGCGCUUCGGUGCUUCAAUAUGGCGCACCAACUGCCCACAACACGCAGGUAAAUCCAAGAGAAGCGUAAGAGAGAUCGAGAAGCCGCAAGAGUGAUCGUCAUGUAAAAGCCUAUUAUGAAAGUGUUCGUGCGUGCAGGCAAAAACAAUGAUUUGCUGAACGCAAUGUACAAUGAGCUACGUGGGCAACAUGCCAGCCGACUGGCAACAAUAUAGUGCAUUGCAGUCUGGCGAAACCGAUCGUCAGCAGCAGCAGCAGCAGCAGCAGCAAAUAUCACCGAGUACAAGUAGUAGCAGCACGGGCAGUAAUCUCUACAACUUAGACUGUCUGAGUAAACAACAGACGCAGUCGCAAAAUGACGGUUACUACACAACCGCAAGCAGCACGCGACUGCAUCAUCAUGUUGGGUCAUAUGCUAUGGAAGCCACCGUAGGUGAUGACUUACAGCAGCAGCAGCAACAACAACAGCAGCAACAGCGUCAAGUUCAAAUGCCGAUGAGUAGUCCAAGUACUGUGGGGAGAAUACCGUCGACGACGAUGACGGUCAACAGUGCCAUGGGUAGUGUCAGUCAGAUGAUACCUGGUCCUAUUCAACCACCUCCAGUUGCUAGUUCAGCGACUAGCUCGAGGCAAAGCUCGUAUGCUUGCAAAGGACCGUGUUGCCAAGCUGUUGCGUACAGAUGGGACAAAAUGAGUCCGUUUGCGACGAACAACGCCUACGCACCGGCAGCAACAGCAUCCCCAUACACAUCACGUUACCGUCCUGAUUUGUACACCCAACAUCCGUCAGCAGUAGCACCACCAUCGAUACCACCACAACAGUCACCAGCACAACGAAGGUUUCGCAGUAGCAAAGAAUCAAGUCACGCGAUACCACCACCACGCGCCUAUCAACAACCACCUAAUUAUUCUGGGAUGCAACCGUACAAUUAUCCACCCACGGAUUAUCAUCAUCAAAAAUACUACGCGAGAGCAAUACCAACUCAACCACAAAAUCACGCAAUGAUCAAUCCUGGUAUACCUACUAACAUGCAAGACAAGUACUUGGCAAGUAAACAGUCACAUUAUCAAGCUGCUAUACAGAACGGUACGAUAAUGCCGAAUCCUGCUGCUAUGCCACCGGCAAAUUUACCUAGUCCAUACUACAAUCAUCAGAUGGCGCGAGACUUGCCUGGCGAAUAUUCUUGCAAGCCAGCAGAUCCAAAGGACCAAGUGCCACCACCUCCAACGAUGUCGUCUUUGCAAACGAAACACAUGUUUCAGCAAAAAUUACAAAGCCUAGCGAUACAAAGGCUAAAUCUGGAAAAACAUUUACGCGAAUUUUCACACAUGGUCGGCUAUCAAAAUUACCCAAAGUAUCAGGAAUUGGUGAUGAAGCAUCGCGAAAUCGUUCGAAUGCAGCAAGCUGUCGAACAUCAAAGUAGCUUGCAAUCAGCGGCUGCAACUGCGCCAGUGCCUUCGACAAUACCACCGAUCAAUCUGCAAUUCGAUCAAAAUGGCGUGCUCAUCAAUUCCAGUCUUAUACCAAGUUACAAUCAUAGUGUACAGACGUCGAUGCCUGGAAUGCCGAACCCUUUGAGUCCUGGUGCUAAAGAAACAACGAGGAGUCAUCCGUACGACAACAAAGCGAUGCAAGCGAUGGAGCAUGCGCUACAGCAGCAACAUCAUCAACAACCGCAUUCACAACCUCAACUUCCACCACCGGCGCAUCAAAUACAACAUGCGAUGAUGCAACCGAGUCCUGAACAACAUCAUCCACAUUAUAUACCUCAAGAGUAUCAUCAUCAGCCGGUACAUGAACAUCAUCCACCGCAUCAUCCACAUCCUCCACCACAGCCUACUAUCGAUGAAGAAGUGGUGAAUGUCGAGGCACAACAGCAUCAAAAAACAAGUAAGGAUUUCGCCGACAAACCCGAGCUCGAUGUCAGGCAGUUCUUGGCUACUUGGGCUGAGACUGAAGAGGAUGAUGGUGUUAAUGCUGGUUUACAAAAUGUGAUACUGACGGAAGACACGCCGAUAGUGGUACUGGAGUACAACGAAAAUUUGAAUCUGACAACGGCCAACAAUCUAACUGCCCAAGCAAUUUGCGUAUCAGCGCCAGCAGCAGCAGCAGAGAAGGAAGCCACAGUGUUGAGCAAAGAUCAAAUUUCCACGGCAAACGUGAGCACUGGUAGUUCAGAACAACAGCAGUCAGUUCCUGCGACCGUUAACAUAAUACAUUGCAUAACGAGCACGGGCGAGGUGUGCGAAGAAGUGCCAACGAUACAUAUAGUCGAUACUCUCGAGAACGAGGCUGUUGUGAAGAAAAUCGAGGGAGCAUUGCACAGUUUAAAUCCAACGGAUAUCAAGAGUAUCGAAGAGAUUGUUAAUAAGAAUAAUGUGAAUAAUGCCACGACGACAACAGCCAAGGAAGUGUCGCUUGAAUUUCUAACCACUGUUAGUUCGACGCAACCGGCAACGACGAUGACGGCUUCAGUAGUGCAGACGAAGAUGCAACCGACACAGCAGCAACAGAAGAAUGCCGACGAGGCUAAUGCUGUUGUCUUGUCGCCGAGUAUGAAUACCGAGCAAACUCCAGCAGCAGCGAGUGGCAAAAAAGACGAAACGCCGGAAAAGACCACAGCAAGCAGUGAAAAUAAUCUGACCAAUUUCGUGAUCGAUGAUACUCGCAAUCAAGAUGACUUGAGUCUACCGGACCUACCAACUUCGGAGUGCACGACGACACUAAAUACGCCAAAUCAAUCGGAUAAUGAAGAAUCAUCGUCAGAGCGAGUUCGCGCGAUGAAUAUCAGUCCGAUAAUAAGUUUUGCACACUCCCCUAUCAAGUUCCAGAAAUCCGGAGACGACUUGCAUUUCGACUUUCAAAGUUCAAACGAGGCGAUGGUUCUCAAGGACGCUAAUACCUCAACGACCACGACAGUGCAAAGUAGCCGUGUUGAUAUGAAGACGCAUAACAAAGGUACAACCGAGCUAAAGUCGCAAGUCCUGCAAGCCGAGACCGAGAACGCAGUGUCAACACCGUCCACGCAGACGCAAGAGCAGCAAGUUGCCUCGGUCAUCGACUCGUUCGAAUUCGCGGAAUUCUCCAACUCAUCGACAUUGCCACUCGGCGAAGAGCCAAAAAUGCCUGUGCCUCCAAUGGAAGGCAAUUGUUUGACGAAGAUUAUUAAAGACACACCACCAAUAACAAAUUUACGAGUGUUGGAUUCCGAUGACGAGUUGACUGAUAAAGUAAACGACAUUUGGAUGGAUAUUAACCUUGACAAUGCACUGUGCAACAGCGUGAACAAAUUGAUCGAAGAGAAACAAGUGCAAACUAAGCUAAAAUCAAGUUUGAGGCACGUACGCAAGAAUAAAGGCGUCGUAUCUAUCGUCGGGAAACUUAUCGACGAGAAGAGUAAUGACGACAAAGCCAGCGAUGAUUCGAAUCCGGUUCGAGAAUCUAAGCAGAAAGAAAGAAUUACGAGAAGAUCAUUAGAUUCGUCGAUGAAAAAUAGCGGAUUAGAGAGACCAAGAAAGAGAGCAAGAUCUGUGGAAGUUGAUUACAACAGUAGUCAGGAUCAGGAAGAUCUGCUGAAAGAGUUUAAGAAUUUGAAAAGGAAACGAAGUAUCGGACAGUUGCAGGACGACAUUGAGAUGCUCAAGACAAGCAUUGAUAAGCUUAAAAAUCACAACGCGAAUAAUACGGUUCCAAUUACGGAGAAUAACGUUUGCAAAAAUAAUUCAUUGCCAAUCCUGCCUGACACGAAGGUCGCACAUCCGCCUAAACGUAGAUUUUCAUCAAUCUUCGAUCCCGACACAGUUUUAAAUAAACGAACCGAAGAUACCAGUCUAAAGAAUAACUGCGUCGAUUCGAAUAUCAAAAUCCAGCUGCCAAACGUUAAUCUACAGAUUCAAGAUAAAAAGGAGACAAAUAGCAAUGCAUACAACACUUCCGCCAACGAAGCAAUCAAAAUAGAGAUCAACGUGUCGAGGGUUGAGAGCCAACGUAACUCGAACGACAACGAAAUCGUUAGUAAAUCAAACCAGCAAUUGAAUAUUUCAUUACCACCUGCAAAUCCUAUGAGUUACAAAGUCGACUGUCGCAAAUCGAUAACAGCAUUCGAAGAUGAAAUAACGAGCUGCGCUUUACCUGCAAAGGAAACGAUAGAGGAGAAGUCAAUUGUGUUUGUGGAAGAAAAAUCUAUUACUAAGGAGACCGAAGAAGAUGACAAUAUCAUUACCUUCGAGAAUAAAAAUGCUGAGAUCGAAGAUAGCAAGUGCCUUAUCAUAGAAAACAAAGAGAAUAUGUUGCUAAAGAAAAAGGAAAUUGACAUUGAGAACGCCAUGAAGAAGCUCGAGGAAGCAAAGGAAGACUGUUUCAAGAAUAAAACCUUUGUCGAAGCUCCUGGGUGCUCGAAGGAUUUCGAUUUCGAUAAUUUCGAUGUGGAGCCUUUUGACGACAAGUCUGAUGAUUAUAUGAAGGACCUCUUAGGUCGCAAAAGUAAUAGUAAUAGUGUAGGUUACCUCAAUCCCCUGUUCCACCUCAACGAACUUGAAAAUCUAAAUAACGUUCCUGUUUACACAACCAAGGACGGCAAAAUUACCUACAGUCCAAAUCCUAAUUACACUUACCGUGCGUUGAUUAUUGAGUCGAGGCAACGUGAGAGUCAUGCCUUAUUUCGUGAAUUUCACAAUAAAAAAAAUAAACACUCUAGACACAAGAACAAGCGAGAACGUGAAACCAUCAGCUUUGAGAAUUGUCUUACGAAUGAUCAGAAUAACCAGAGUGACAAUAAGGAAAGAAUAGAAAAGGUUAUGAGAUCGACGAUACUCGAUAGUACUGACAACGAGAAGAGUGGCAUUCGACUAUCACCAGUGCCUUCAACACCGCCGUCCAUGGUGUUUGAAUCCUCGAGAAGCAUGCCACUAUUAGACGAAGAAACUGCUUCAAAUUCUAAGGGUUCGAUGACUAGAUGCAUUGUUGAUUUACAGAAUCUUAAGGAGGACAUUCUAAAAAAAUUGAACGACCAAACGUCAUCGAUAUUUAGCGUUCAAACAAACCUAGAAAGCAAUAGUGAUAAGGAGGAUGAUAAGUGUACUGCUGAUGAGAUUCUAAAAGCAAACGUAGAAGAUAAUGCCGUGGAAAAGAAAGAUAAGUCGAAAUUAGAACAGGAUAAUGUGGACGAGAAUGUACCAGAUAAGAAUGGCAAUUUGAGAAAGUACGAAAUUGAGAUUGAUGAGACUGUGGAUGUUGAUAGAGUUGUUCGGGAUAAUCAAGAAUCAGUGAAAGAUGAUUCAAAUGACAAAAUUACAGUUCAAGAAUUUAUCAAAGACAAUAUCGAUAAAGUAGAAGCGAAUGUAGCGAAUAAUUUUGAGUCAAAUACAACUAUAGAAAAGGAAUCGAGUUCAAGAGAUAUUAAACAAGUUGAAGAAUUUGCAAAUUCAAUUGAGGAAACUGACAAUGUGAAGAGUGAUAAUCAUGGAGAAAAUAAAGAAACACCGGUAAAAAUUCCUGAAAAAUCAGUAGAUGAGAUAGAUAUAGUCAUAGUACUAGAGAAAACAUCUCUCGAUUUUCAAACAAAACUAGAUAAAUCUAAACAAGACACUGCAUCAAUUGAGGACAGCGAUGAUAAUACUACAAAAGUUAUCAAAUCAGUUGAGCCAGAAAAAGAACCGCAAGAAUCUGUUAACGCAAAUGAAGAAGUACAAUCAGAAUCAUUGGAAAGUAUCAAAGAACAAAAUCCGAUAUUAGAGGUGACCGCACUGAUAAAACCUAAAAUAACACAAGAACAUGUACCAGCAGUUGAAAUGACAGCGAAGAAGCCUAGGACUACGCCGAAAACUAACAUGGGAUCAAAAUCACCUAAGCAUACAAUGGAAGUUGAAUCAAUAAAAGUGAAAACACUAGAACAUAUAUCUACUGUCGAAAGAAUGCCAGAGCUCACCCCUAUUGCUAAACUGAUCGAAAAAAUGCCAGAACUUACGAGAAUCGUAAACCAAUCAAUAAAAACCCCAGAACAUACAUCGACAAUCGAGUUUGGACAAGAAGAAAACUCAUUCGAAAUCGAACUUGUUUCAAAACUAAAAAUAGUGCCAAACAAAGAAGAAAUCGCCGUGCCUCCGUAUAGUCAAAAAUCUACGAGUCCACCAAAAUCAUCAAGCUUAAGUCUGCCUUGCUCGAUUGACAAAAGUAGCUUUUCAUCUGAACUAUGCGAUAGCUUCAUCAAUCAAGAAAAACUACACGACUCGCAAGGAAGAAUUGUCCCAAAAUUGGUGAUAAGGAAAACCGAUCCAAAGUACUUCACAAAGUCCAAGACAAUUGAUACAAAUAAUACUUCUGAUGAUCAAAAGAAAGAUGAAAGCAUGAAGAGUCUAAUACACCCAAAAAUUCCUAAAAUGAUCAUUCGCAAUGCAAAGUCUCGUCCCUCAACGCCUAGUAUCGAGGAGAUUUCUGAAAGUUCAGAUAGCGAAUCGAAACCUUUACUAAUGAGAUUAAAACGAGAAGAGCAUUCGGAGGCGAAGAUACCCAAAAUGAAGAUCAAGCUAGAGGAGAAACAGCCGAGAGUUGUAAUUGAGAAUAUUGCGAGUGAAGUGAAAACAGUGCCUAAAAUGAAAAUCACCAAUGUAAAGAGUUGCCAGCCUAAGAUUAUUGAUACCGAAGAUGACUCAUCCGACAGUGACAGAAGAUCAAGAGCAAAACGCAGUAGCUCAGCCGCUUCAUCACAAUCUAAAAGGACCAAACGAUCCCCUAAAGAGGAAGUCAACCUCGAUCCCAACCACGAAGACACUCAAUUUCCACUGGAAAACGAAUAUCGUCGAAAGAACAGUAACAACAGUAAAGUGCCGAAAGUCAUAAUUAAAAGAACUUCACCGACCGCGGAAUUUAAAUGCGAAUUAAGCAAGGAUGCGAUAGUCAACUCUCAACCAAAAGUCGUCCUCAACAGAUCCUGGGUGCUCGAUUGUAUGGCUAAAGAUCUAAGGCAUAUGAAGGUUGUUGUAAAAGUUUCAAAUAACGGCAAGGAGGAGGUGAAGAAAGAAAAGAAAACGACAAAUCCCAAUGAGCUUCAGUGGCGCAGGUUUAUCUCCGGCUUAAAAAAGCGUCGCGAACUGUCAAGAUCCAAUAGCACGCCCGACCUUCAUCAGCUCUCGCCAAAAAUCAAACGUCGUCGAACUUCAGACUAUUGUUUAGACAGUAAUAUCGAGUAUUCAGAUUCAGAUUCUGGUACAAGAUUCGCUUUCAAAAAGACGAAAUUCAAUACCGAAGCAAGGAAGCUUCCAACAACAGACGUUUUCGACGAGAACAUGAACAGUCGAAGUAAAAUGGAUUUGGAAGAGAUACCACCGCGAUUGGAAACGAUAAUGGAAGCGAGUAACUCUUAUAGUUCGGAAUACGUACCAACGGAACUUCUCGAUAGAGAUGUGGAUGUUCAUGAAGAAGAAGUCGACUUUGAAUGCUCGGUUAUCAAAGUUGACUCAUCCGACGAAAGUGAAACGACCAUUGAGAUUUUACCAGCGUCGCCGAAUCUUAGUUUCGAGAAGGAUGUCGUUGACGAAGAACAGAUUUAUAGCGAGGAUGCUGUACCGAUGCAGGUUGAAUACGAAGUUGAAAUCGGUGAACAAACUCCUGAUCCGGUGAAUCUGCCAUUACCAAGCUCGGAAAUCUGCACUGAUAAGUCCAGCUCCGGGGAGGUUAAACAGAUUCCCGGGAUCAUGAUUACCGAGCAAUUGGUUAUAGAAGACACAUCAGGCAAUACAAGUAUCGGUGAAGAAAUCAUACCACCAAUAUCAUCCGACGUAGAAGUAGUCGAGACGUGUCUAUCGAAAUCAUCCGAAUCAACACACAAUCCAAUAACACCAGUAACAGAUGAUAUCGAGACCUCGUUAUCCAAAUUAUCGGAAUCUCCCACCCCGAAAGCUGCUGAAAAUUUGUUGUCGAAAUCGUCUAGUAAUCAAGUUCUAUUGAACGAGGAAGCAUCGUCGACGAGUACGAUAAUGAACAAUGAGAAUGCAAAUUCACGUGAAACGGAGGAAGAGGAAGACAGCGGUACUACUGCUAUUGCAUCGUGUUCCUCGUCUGAUUUACUAGUCAAGGAAGUACUCGCCGCUAAAGAGAUGCUCAAGAAAUAUCUUGGUUGUCUCACGAGUUCGAGUACCAAAGAUACCGAGAUUGAUAAGUCGACUAGCUUUACGACGAAGAACGGCAGGUCCGUCAGUCAUUCGUCUAACUUUAGGCAUAGCGAAAAACGGAAAAAACUGAACCGAAUAAAGUCACGAAACAGUAGUGAGUCGCGGAGUCUGCGUACAUCUUCUUCCAAUCGUCACAUGUCCUCCAAUAAUCGUCUGCCCUCGAAACAACAUCACAGGGAUAACAAUGAGCACAAAAACUCGAGAUCUCAUCAAAUAAAGUACAAAUCCACAAUGAAAUCCUGUUCGCAAACGAACAACGUCGAUCCAUUGACUCGAGCGGUCGAGGAAAAUUUAAAACAUUUGAAGCAACAUGAGAAACCUGAAAUUUCUGUUGAUGAGACUCGAGCUAAGAGGGUGGAUAAUGUGAUUUCGAGGCUCGAUGAAGCUAAUCUAAAAGCCAAGGCGCUACAACUUAGUCCCGAAAUGACUAUAUCAAGUAUCGUCAGAGAAUUGGUCUUUCACGAUAAGGCGACAAUAAGGCAUCGAAGGUACUGCAUGCUUUGCGAAAGGUGGUUUCCGACGACGUUAAGGCAUCGUCGGCAUUUGGCUGGCUAUCAGCAUAGGCACACAGAAUUGACGCAACGACGAGCCAUACAUAUGCUGUUUCUCAUAUUCACUGGCAAAUUGUGUCCGAAACUCUUGCCGCCUAAUAUUGUGAGGACAGAUUGCGUCCCAGGUGAACUCACACCACUACAGAUUGCCGUCCAGGAUUUCGCAACAGUCUUUGAUGGUAUACAACAAGUCACGGAAAAGCAAGAGAACGGGAGUAAGAAAUGAAACAAAAAGCUAUUCGCCGUAAAAAGAUACGAAAGAAAAAAAAUUGAAGUAGACGCGGACUUUAGUUUCUUGAAAGUAUUCGCUAUUGAUUUUCGCAACGUGAGAAUAUUGCAGGACAAGAAGGUGAAAAAAUUGGUGUAUGGAUACAACGCUAUUCGUAAUAUAGGACAGGGUAAGCCAAUUUUAUAGACCGUUGCGAAUCACACUCAACGUUAGUUUCUUUAGCCAAAGACAUUCUAGCAUCAGAAUGAGGAAUUUAGCUACUGUAUAUGUAUAGAAAAAGGAUAUAUAUUAUGAUAAUUCGUUACAUUUAGAUUUUUAUCUUUUAUUUUCAAACGCUCCUUUGAAGGCGUUUUUUUAAUUGUACAAAAAGACGAAUUUUAGUAAAUGAAUAUAUGCUUUAAAGAGAAACUGAAUGGGGUAAAAAAAGAAACAAAUAAGCUUUUAUUUAUAUUGUAAAAGAGACUUAUACAUUGUAUACAUAGAAAAAAGAAAAACCGAGAAAUAUAGAUAUAUUUAUUAUAUUCCAAUUUUCGGAAUUGUUCCACGCAUAUACUGUCGCAAUAUGUAAAUACAAAAACACAUAUAUCGUAUAUAGAAGCUCGGAUGUAUUUGUACAAAGCAAACUGAAAUGAAAAUAUAUAGAACAUAUCUCUGUAAAAAAAUAACAGUCGGUGGUUAACAAUGAAUAAAAAGAAAUUCGCGACGAUUGAUGCGUUUCCUCUUCUUAUUUUUGUAACAAAUCUUAAUUUUUUAAUUCAUUGUCACUAAGAAAACAAGAUAAUUUUCUUUAAAAAACAGACCUAUAUAAUUCGAUGUUUUUAGAUCGGCGUGUAAACAUUUAUUUUUACUGAGUUGUUACGUUAUUGAUAAGUGCAGAUUUUUUCUUUUGGAAAAAGAAAGGUCUAUAAUACAUUAUAACGUUCAAAGUAUUUUGCGAUGAAUAUUUAUUAAAAAAUGUUUCUUUUUCAAAAUACUUGAAAUGAUCAAUCAAAAUUUUCGUAACUACUGAAUUUUUGUCAAUACUUGUACGAUCUUUAUCUUGGAAGUUUUUUAACGAUAAAUAAGCAAACACCGAUAAAUGUAUUUACCGCACGAGUGCCUUAAAAAUACACCUAACAGUAUUCAUUCGACCGAGUUUGUGCAUAUGCAUAUAAAUAAUGAUACUUGUAAAUGUAAAGUUCUAAAUAUUUAAAAAAAUGUUAACACGAUUGAUUAAAGCGUGCAGUGUUAGUGUACAUGAAAAGGGCUAGUUGCAAAAAAUGUGUAGAUCAGCUCGUGAUCGAAAAACAUGUUUUUCGAAAUUACAAAUGCAUAAUGGAAUUAAAGGUGUCAAAGUAACCAAGUCCUACCUAAAAGCAAACAUACAUAUUGCUAUAAAAGUGUUUUCUCUUUGCAAAAGGAAUGCUUAAAAUGAAGAUUACUAUAUGUAUAUCAGUAUACGAAAGUGCAGAAUAUGAUGUGUGUUCUAUGUGCCUAACAUUUGAAGUGUUUUAGUAUGCUUAGCAGAUUUUUCAUAUGAAAUAUAUAUGAACAUUUUAUAUGUACAUACAUACAUGUGUGUGUGUGUGUGUGUGUGUGUGUGUGUGUGUGUGUGUAUGUGUGUGUGUUGGAAAAAUAGUUAAUAUGUCUGUUGUAUACAUUGUUAUAGAAAUUUAGCGACGCGCUAUCCAUUGGUAAAUGAAAAUUGUUAUUUGAAUUUUUCUUUAAAUUACUCGAUUGACUCUCUGAAUUUGAAAAUUUUAUAUAGGUAUUUCGAGUAAAUGAUGAAUUGAAAGUACUAAUAAUAUUAGAGUGAAAGAUAAAAAAUCAGGGUUCAACGUGGAAUUCAUAUCUGUAGUUUAAGUGCAAAAAAUUACAACUUUGACUUCCAAUAUAAUGUAAUUGUUUAAAAUGCAUUUUAUCUAUAUUAUCUCUUGAUUCCAAUCUUAGGUGAUUUCGAAAAAAAUAUAGCAUGCGUGUAUGUUUGUGUGGCACUAAAUGGUUUUGUAAAUGUUAUGCAAUUUUGGCGUGCAAAAUUUUAUUAAUCAUAGAUUUUUAUUGUUUCCGUACAAAAAGAAAAUAGAGGAACUCUGAUGAACAACGUCAAUGGAUGGUAAUGGUUUUUAUACAUUUUUUAAUAUCUUGAGGGAGCAAUUUAAAUGUUUAUUGAUAACAUGUAAUUGAUUCAGUAACAUUUUUAUAUAAUACAAUAACGUUUUUUAAUGACCAUAAAAUGUACCAAAAUACAAACUUAAACCAUGCUAUUAAUUAUUUUAGUACACAUACACACAUAUCAGAUUUUAUUAUUCAAAAAUUACUGUGUAUCAAGCAAUUGAAUUUUUUUAAAAGCAAUAUUUUCAAUCAGUAUUUCCAUUCCAAGCCAUGAAAUCAUGAAUAUUCAUUGUCGUUGUUCCUCUUAUAAAAAAUCAGAGCUGUGAGAUCUGAAUACAUUUGAACAAAAUUAAUUACAACUGAAAAUGAUAACUUAUAAAUCGUGAAAAUCGCGAAUUUUACAACACAUACUGUUCUAGUUUUUAACUAGAUGAAAUCUACGCGUUACCUAUCAUUUGUUAAGUUUUUUCCUUUCAUUUUUUAAUAUUUCUUAUAAUUAGUAUUUAUUAGUCUACCGAAGCAUUAUCAGUUAAAUUCUGGUCGUAAAAAGUCCGUUUCGUUCUCAUGGCAACUUCCUUUGAAAUUUCGACAAAAAUUUACGCAAUACAAUGUUCGUGCAUUACUUUUAAAAGUACUAUGACUUUUUAAAAAAUUGUAAAUUACAUUCUUUCGCAAAUAAUUUACACACACACACACAUAUAUCAAUAACUAAUUAUGAGUGACCUACCGUCAGAAAAAUCAAUGAAUUUAAAAAACGACUGAGAAUAACUAAAACGUUAAAUAUUUUUUGAAUUAGAAUUGUUUUUUCUACUUAUUAUGACAUUGUAUUUUAAUCACACGUGCUUCGUUUUAAGUUAUUAUUGUAUAUUAUUAUAUUGAAUUGUACUAUUAUGACAAUCCUGUUAUGUUUUAGUCACAUAUUGCGUUUUAUUUCCAUUCAAGAGAAUGAUAUUAUGUUUUUGCCUCUAAGAAAAACAAAAAAGUUAUCGAUGGCAUUUCAACCACAAAUUAUUAUACAUAAUACCUCUAUGAGAAAGAAAUAACGCAUAUUAAUACGAGUAAAGCGCGUCGCUCAAAACUUGUUGAGUAUAAAUAAUAAUACAUGCGCCAAAAAAAGAAAGUAAAAUUUCAAUCUUCGCUCUAAGUCAGUUAAAAGUGAAGUUUGAAGAUUUCCGUUAUAAGUAAUAUUUGUUUCCCUCAUGGUAAUAAUUUGCCGAACUGUGAUUUAAUCUUUGCCAAGUGCAAACGGGAAACUAAACGAUUCGUUCAAUGGGAUAAUUCAGUUUUUUUAUUUUCUGUUUACUUAAUGAAGCAAAAUUGAAGAAAAAUUUUCGUCUAUUUGUACAUAUAUUUUAGCUGAACUAUAUAGCUGAGAUUAAAUGUGCAAGAGAAAAAAAUUAUUACAAAUGUACUUAUUAUCCUCAAAGCCGAACACACACACAAAGCCGCUACAGAAUUGAGUUUUGUUUUUUAGUCGCUGGUAAUUGUAAGCAUUCAUUUAAGGGCUUACAGUCUCUUUCUAAAAAUCUUAUUGUAUCUUUGUAAACGUUAUGUUAUAAAUUUGUUUUUGUAUAUUUUAUGGUGGAAAUAUUGAUAAGUAUAUAUAAAAAAGAAAUUCUUGAUAUAAUCAAAUAUGUAAUAUACUUUAACAUGCCUGCAUUCUUAUGUGCGUUUUCGAAAAACAACAAAAUAUUCUUGGCAUAAAUUUUCUAUACAUCAUAUCAAUGAUUCAUUUCAUAUUCAUGAAAUCAUUACUGUAUACGUUACAAGAAUAUUUCCACUAUUUGAAACAUUUUUUUCCAUAUUCUCAUUCUAUAUCAGUCUCAAUUUUUAGCAAUUAUGUGUGCGAUGAAAAUCCAACAUUCAUUUUUUUCUUAUAAUACACGUUGAACGUUUAGUUUUAAAGUGCAAUUUUUUGUCAGUCGAGAAAACAAAGAAUCUGCAUAUUACACGUUGUGCCUAUCACGUUUCGGAACAUUUACAACUCGAUCAACUACUAAUUUUCUUUUAUUCUUGGGCUAUAUAAUAAUAAUUGUGUCGUUAGUUUUUAAAGAAAAGUUUUAAAAAGCGUAGUUUCAGUGUCUUCUUUUUUUUUAAAGUGCACGGUGGAAAGGUAAACGCACUCGAGGCAUUUCUUGUCACAUUUACUGUAAUUUGUUAACAUUUUUUUAAUGCGAGAAUAAUUAGAAAUAAUGAAAAAUAAACGUGUGAUGAUUUCUUCUGUAUUUUAAUUUGUCUUUCGAUGAUGUUUAUCGAGAUUGAUGCGUUUUUUGUUCGUGUGAUGAAUAAGACUUGUAUUUGUUAAUGUCGGCUUGUCGCGUUAUUAAACAAAUAUAAAAUAAAAAUAUU